UUCCCAUUCUCAAAGAUUUUUUUUUUCUUUUAAUUAACACAUCAUAAAGUGAUUGUUAAAUAAUUUGAUCAAAAUAUAUCACUGUGAAAAUAUUAAGAACGAAUAUUUAGGUGAUGAAUUAUUAUGUAAAAUUAAAAAAAAAUCGUGAGAAACAUUCAAGAAAAAAUGAAAUUUGGUGAAUUUACAGAAAAAUAACCCCCAAAAAAAAAAAACAAAUUGGUAUAUGCUUCGCAGGCAACAAAAUAGAUGGAAGAAAUUUGAGGGUCGUCGGCGAAGCUCCCACCAAUGGCGGCUUCCGCUCGCAUUCUCCACUCCUCCUACCGCCGUCCUCCCACUUCACUCCACCCUUUCCACCUCCCUCGCCGCUCACGCCAAUACGUCCCCUCCCCACACCGAUCCCCCUCUCCCUCUCUCAUCCUCUCCCACAACCACUCCCCCAAAUUCCACUCUUUCAAUUCAUUCCCCGUUUUCGCGCCGCCCAAUUUCUCCAUCUCCGGCGGUUACCUCGGCCGCCUCCUAUUCGGCCCCGGAAACUCCCCAUUCAGCUGGAAUUUCGCUCCUGUGCCAACAUCUAUUGAUCAGAGUAACAGGAUCGGCGUUAGGGUUAACGACCCGGAGGUUGCGGUGGUGAUGCUGGGGUGGCUGGGGGCGAAGCCCAAGCACCUGAGGCGGUACGUCGAGAUGUACAACGCGAAGGGCAUUCACGCCGUUACGUUUGUUGCUUCUGUCAUGGAUGUGCUGUCGUUCGAUUUGGGGAAGAAGCUGGAGGAGAGGGUGCGGAGUCUGGCCGAUGAGCUCGCGGCGUGGCUCGAUCGGGGCGGCCGCGAUCGCUUCUUGGUCUUCCAUACCUUCAGCAACACCGGCUGGCUUGCGUAUGGUGCCAUUCUUGAUAAUUUGAAGGAUAUGCAGGAUUUGUUGGAGAGGAUUAAAGGAUGUGUAGUGGAUUCAGGAGGAGACCCCGAAAUCGAUCCCAAGGUUUGGGCAGCUGGAUUUUCCACGGCUUUGCUAAAGAAAAGCAGCUCAGCUACUUAUCCUUCCACGGAACCAGUUGGAGGAACUCAAUCGGGAAGUGGGAAGAACGGAUCACAGAUAGAAGAGAAGAAGUCCUUUUCUAUUGAAUUCUUGCUGUUAGGUGCAUUUGAGAAGCUCUUCUCCUAUCUUCUUUUCUUGCCCGAUGUAAACAGGAGGUUGCGAAAGAUCAUAUCCAUCCUCUCGACUAAUCAGCCUCCGUGUCCACAGCUUUAUCUGUAUAGUACCGGAGAUAAGGUGAUCCCAUUUCGAAGAGUCGAGUCGUUCAUGGAGGAGCAGGGUAAGACUGGGAAACAUGUCUUCUCUUUUAAUUUUGGAUCAUCUCCUCAUGUGGACCAUUAUCGGACGUUUCCUGAUAUGUAUGCUUCACAGCUCGACAAUUUUUUGAAAGAAUGUUUGAGUAUGGUAGGGAAAUUGUAGAAACCAAAGACUGCUUGAACCUUCAGCUGACUAAGAAAAUGCUUUUCAAAUCCAUAGGGAAAUGAAUUUAUUUACUCAUGUUUUAAA